AUGGCCCACCGCAUCGUCUCUCAAGUCGUCGUGACCGGAGCCCGGGUCUUCGGCCGCGCCUUCGCCGAAGCCUACAAACAAGCCCAGGCGUCCGGAAAAUAUGCCGCUCAUCAAAAGAAAUCCGGUGGCUCCUCCACAACCUCCAGCGUGACCAUCGAAGAGGCCUGCAAAAUCCUGAACGUCAAGCCCCCAGCCAGCGGCGAACACGAUCUCGAACACAUCAUGUCCCGAUUCAAGAAGCUGUUCGAUACCAACAACCCGGAAAAGGGCGGCAGUUUCUACCUGCAGAGCAAGAUCCUGCGUGCGCGUGAACGGUUAGAAAUGGAGUUCCGCGAGGCCGAGCGCAAGGCCGUGCAUGACAAGGAAUUGAAGGAAGGAUGGAACCCCAAGGUCUACAAGGACAAAUGA